AUUUAUGUUAUAUUUUAACCAUAUUUUGAUUAAAAACACAAGGCAGAGCGAUGCGCAUGAAUCCUAUCACAUGGCGGUCUUCGUCAUUGAUCUGUGGAAGAAUGGGUUGCUUAGCAACAUCGUGAUGCCGCGCAGCCAAACAUGGCAGUCGAGAUUAGCAAGAGAACAUUAAACAACAUGACGAGAACAUUUAUGUAUAAUUUGAUUUAAUUCAGGAGGAUUUCUGGUGAUAAGAGUGCUAGUAAAAGGACUGGCUAAAUCUAGCCUAGUUUCAGGAUCGUGUGUUCGUGGACAGUAAAGCAUCAUCACCAUGCUCUUGUCUCGGAUGAAACCUGCCGUGGGUGGUGAAGCCUCCACCAGCUCUAAUGAGAAGAAACGGAAAAAUAAGAGCAAAAGGAUUCCAAGACUUGAGGAUUAUCUAAACCAAAGAGACUAUUUGGGAGCCCUGACUCUCUUAGAGUUUCAGCGUAAUGGCGGAGUGUCAGUGGAGCAUGCAGACCUUUGGAUUGGCUUCUGUGCCUUUCAUUUGGGAGACCACAAGAGAGCAAUGGAGGAGUACAAAGCCCUCACUUUGAGGCCAGAGUGUCCGGUGGAUGUCUGGGUAUAUCUGGGCUGUUCGCUCUUUUUCCUGGGGCUUUAUAAAGAGGCCGAGGAGGCGGCAUUAAAAGGGCCAAAAACUCAGCUUCAGAAUCGCCUGCUCUUUCAUUUAGCUCAUAAGUUCAGUGAUGAGAAGAAGCUGAUGGGUUUCCAUCAGAACCUGGAGGACGUGACUGAGGAUCAGCUGAGCUUGGCUUCCAUUCAUUAUAUGCGCUCUCAUUACCAGGAGGCCAUUGAUAUCUACAAACGCAUCUUACUGCAGAACAGAGAAUUUCUGGCCCUGAAUGUGUAUGUGGCUUUGUGUUACUAUAAGCUGGAUUACUAUGACGUGUCUCAGGAGGUUUUGGCCGUGUAUCUGCAGAGCAUUCCUGACUCUACUAUCGCCCUCAACCUCAAAGCCUGCAACCACUUCAGACUCUACAAUGGCAAAGCUGCUGAGACGGAGUUGAAGAACCUGAUGGAUAUCUCUUCCAGCUCGUUUCAGUUUGCUAAAGAGCUCAUUCAGCACAAUCUGGUUGUGUUUCGUGGGGGUGAGGGGGCCUUGCAGGUUUUACCUCCUCUGAUUGACGUCAUAUCAGAGGCCAGACUCAACCUGGUCAUCUACUAUUUCAGACAAGAUGACAUUCAGGAGGCCUACAAACUCAUCAAAGACCUUGAGCCCACCACACCCCAGGAAUAUAUUCUGAAGGGGGUGGUGAAUGCUGCUUUGGGACAAGAUAUCGGAUCGAGGGACCAUUUAAAAAUUGCCCAGCAGUUUUUCCAGUUGGUUGGAGGCUCAGCCAGUGAAUGUGACACGAUACCCGGCAGGCAGUGUAUGGCCUCUUGCUUCUUCCUGCUGAAACAGUUUGAGGAUGUGCUUAUAUAUCUCAACUCAGUCAAGAGUUACUUCUACAAUGACGACGCAUUCAACUUUAACUACGCUCAGGCCAAGGCUGCCCUGGGAAACUACAGGGAGGCUGAAGAGGUGUUCCUGCUCAUCCAGAACGAGAAGAUCAAGAAUGAUUAUGUUUACCUGAGCUGGUUGGCGCGCUGCUACAUCAUGAAUCAGAAGGCUCGACAGGCCUGGGAGCUCUAUCUCAGACUGGAAACCUCAUCUGACCCUUUCAGCCUCCUGCAGCUCAUCGCAAAUGACUGCUACAAGAUGGGGCAGUUCUAUUAUGCAGCUAAAGCAUUUGAUGCUCUAGAGAGACUGGAUCAAAACCCUGAGUACUGGGAGGGGAAGCGUGGAGCAUGUGUCGGGAUCUUCCAGCUCAUUCUGGCAGGCCGAGAGUCCAGAGAGACACUGAAGGAGGUUUUGCCGAUGUUGAAGAGCACUGGCAACCCACAAGUUGAGUACAUCAUCCGCAUCAUGAAGAAAUGGGCCAAAGACAACAGAGUGGCUCUCUGAUCGCAUUUACAAAUGCAGUAGUUAUUAUUGGAAAGCUACAAUAAGUGCAGCCACACUAAAACAUUUACUUAGUUAUAAGAAUCAUAUCUUUUUUUUUUUUUUUUUUUUUUUCAGUUGUUAGAAAGAGAAAACUAUAUUUACAAUGUAUCCAUGCCAGUGAAUGUUUUCUGUGAGAUGGACAAUGUAACAAAUAAAGUUUACAUCUUUUCUUA